UUAUAUGUUUUUGUAAGCUGGAUUUUCAUUACUUUCCUUGCCUUUAAAGCACUAUUUUCCUCUACAUCUUAAUGCUUCUUCUUCUACCUCAAUCCUUCAAACCCUCUCUCUCUCUCUCUCUCCUCCUGCUUUCUCUCUCUUCAUUUACAGGUAUCUUGAAUGUCCAGAGAAAGGUACACCAAUCUCCCUCUAUAGAUUUACUUCAUGGAGUUGUAUGAUGAUCCAGGGAAGAGGAUAAAAAGAGAGAUCGAUGCGUAUAUUAACACGACGACUGCGCAAAUGGGAAGGAGACAGAUAUUGGUUCCGGCACCAGGGACUUUGAACACGAUCACACCUUGCGCUGCGUGUAAGCUGCUGAGAAGAAGAUGUGCUGAAGAGUGUCCAUUUUCACCUUAUUUCUCUCCUCAUGAACCGCAUAAGUUUGCUGCUGUUCAUAAAAUCUUUGGUGCUAGCAAUGUCUCUAAGCUGCUCAUGGAAGUGCCAGAAAGUCAAAGAGCAGAUGCAGCAAACAGUUUGGUAUAUGAAGCAAAUGUUAGGCUAAGAGAUCCAGUUUAUGGCUGCAUGGGUGCAAUUUCUGCAUUACAACAACAAAUUCAGUUUUUACAAGCUGAUCUCAAUGCAGUUAGAGCUGAAAUUUUGAGAUACAAAUAUAGAGAAGCUGCAGCUAACACUAAUGACAUUAAUAUUAUUGCUUCUUCCUUGGUUUCUUCCGGCCCCAUCACCGCGGCUCAGCUCUCAACCAUCCAGGCACCGCCUACACCGCCACCACCACAACCAUCCAUUGUUAUCUCGUCUUCUUCUUCGUCGUCAUCCUCAUCGUCUUCUUCGUCUUCGGUUCAUCUUUAUGGAAUCCCUUCUAGCACUUCUGGUUAUAGUACUAGUACAAUUCCUAAUAAUAAUGUAUCAAGCUACUUUGCUUGAUGAUAUGAAACCCUAGUUCAUUCUUUUUUGUUUGUUUUUGUUAUGUAUCAGUUAUGAAAAGAUGACUAUAUGCUUAAACUUAGAAGGGUUUAAAUUAUUUUGUUUUUUGUCUCA